AUGGCCAGACCGACAUGCAGCUCUUGCGAAUCGCAUUGUCGAGAAUGUGUCUAUACUGACGAGCCUUCCAAGCCAAGACCAUCAAGAGCACUCAUCGAUUCGCUUAGGGAUGAGAAGGAAACUCUCGAAAGAGUGCUCCUGCGCCUCAAGACUUCCAGUGUGGAGGAGCGAGAAUCUUUGUUCCAAAGCAUUGAUCUCGAUGAACCCGCAAAGCUGUCACAUGUGGCGCAAGGACAGCAGGAUGAGGCAACAUAUUUGAACAGAUCUUUACCUCGAGCGAAGCGGCGAAGGGAGAUCGAGAGAUCUACCAGCGCAGAACAGGACGAGGAGGAGGAGGAGGAGUCCUUCAACGAACCAGCCCUCGAGGCCUCUCAAUUCCUUUCCAUUGACGAAGCAGGUGAAGUGAACACCUUCGGCCCAACUUCCACGCUGUACAACGCUGUCGCCAGGCCCCAGCCACCAAAAGAUCGUUCGUUGGAGGCGGUGCGGAACCAGCUCUUUGCCAGUGCAGCCCUCCAGCGCCAGCUCGAACAUUCCAUUGGCAACCUUCCAGAUAUUGAUGGCGUCCCGAUCGAUCUGGCUACACAUCUACUCGAACUCUAUUGGAAUCGCCCACAUCACGCCUUCCUGCCCAUCUAUCGCCCGAAAUUUACGCGGGAUCUGGUGACGGGAGGACCGUAUGCCUCAAAAUUUCUGUCCAACGCCAUUUUCGCCGCUGCGAGCAAAUAUUCAGACCGCGACGAGGUGCGGGAUGAUCCCUCCGACCCUCGAACGGCAGGUGGCCGGUUUUUCAGGAGGUGUGAAGGCCUGUUGACCGCAGAAUCUCCCUUCCCUCAGUCUACUACUCCACACGUGGCAGGUCUGCUCCUCCUGGGGUCGGCACUUUUAGCUCGGGGCGAGAUCUCUAAGAGCUGGUUGUUUACGGGGUUAGCCAUUCGAAUGGUGUAUGACUUAGGGAUUCAUCUCGACUGUAAUGUCGAUGGUCUCACCGUAGAAGACAUCGAACUAAGGCGGAGGCUGUUCUGGUCGGCCUUCAUCUACGACAAGAUCCAAAGUCUUUAUCUGGGAAGGCCGUUCAUGAUCCACCCCGAGGACGCGAAUGUGUCUUGCGAGCUCCUGGACUUUAUGGAGGAGCGCGAGCUCUUCACCCCGUAUCUUGAUCCUCACACCCAGAACGGAAGUCGACUUGGGACUAAGAAGCUGUCUACGCCUCUCCAUUCUGUUUCGACGUUUGUGAAUCUGUGUCAGUUGUGCAAGCUGACGGCCUCGAUCAUCCAAUCCUGCUAUCUUCCGGGUGCUACAGCAGCCUCCAAAAGGCAAUCCAGAUUACAUCACCUUGAUCGAAGCCUCCGAUCUUGGUACACGCAACUACCAGCCUUUCUCGCCUUUCAGCCUUGGUUAGAGCAAUCCAAUCCCUCACCACAGGCUGUUGCACCGACGAUUAUGGUUCUCAACACAACAUAUCACUCUAUGUGUGUCCUCCUCCAUCGACCUUUUGCGACCGACCAUCAUCUUGACACAUCCACUCGAACUUGGUCGUGGGAUAGAUGUACCACUGCCGCUAAAAAUAUUACCAGUAUUCUGAGAGCGUACCGGUGUACCUACACUCUUCGAGGAGCUCCGUACCUGGCCAGCUACGCCUGUUACGUAGCAUGCACAAUUCAUAGCAUCAAUGCUGGCCUGGGAAGCGACAAUUUCAACGAUAUAAUUCUUGGCUACACGGACGAAUUGAAUAGCAGGACGCUGCUUGUGGAGCUUUUGGGAAUGCUCGAUGAACUGGCUGUAUCAAGUCCAUGUAUCACAUGGCCCACAAAGAAGAUGCGUCAGCUUCUUCACGACCACCCUCUGCACUUUCCAACGAAUCCUGAGGGGGACCUGCCGCACUCCCAGCUCUUCACUCCUGCAGAACAUCAACCAGGGGGGACUCAGUCAUCCCUAGAUUUCCCGAGUUCUAUAGGCUACGCUCAAAAUGAGGUAGUGACAAUAGACGAUAUUUUGGAAGGAUCUCUGUUCGGAUUCAUGGACGGAUUUGAACCCCAGAUGCCUUAUCUUUGA